UUGGUGUAUGUCUAUGGUUGCGGUUAUAUUAUGAUUUUAAGGUUAUGUGCACCUAUGUUACAUUUUUAGUCAGUUUGAAUAUUCGUUUUCAAGCCUGGAAUGUAUAGAUCAUAUCAACAUUCAAAACGUACAAAAUGGAAGAACUCACUAGAGUGGAAGUAAUUUUGAAUGAUAUGAAUGGAAAUCCAAGUUGUCCACAUGGACCAAUGCUACUUUUUAAGCGUGUUGUCAAUGGUGCAGAGAGAAGUUUUUUUGCUUGUUCAGCAUGUCGAGAUCGUAAGGAUUGCAAUUUUUUUCUGUGGGCUGAUGAGAAGGUGACACCAAAUAAGAAGAAGACUUGGGACUUGGAGCGAGAUAGAAUAACCCCAAAAAUUAACCAUGUGAAACUUUAUAAAAUGUUUGUGAAAUUGCUUGAGAAGUCUCCAGAACAACGAGCUUUUUGUCAUACAUGUAGCAUUCUUCUGAUAUCUAAUGAAAUUGCAAAGAAACAUGAUGAGCAUGAUGUAACAUUUGGUAUUUCUGAAUAUCUCUUGACACAUCCAUCAGAGCUACUGAAACCUUUGGAAAAUGCAAAGAAAGAGGCCCAGUAUUUGUUUUCAUCCCAUGCUACAAGGACCAUUGUGAAUAUAGCUCGUUGUUUGGGAGCCAUGAAAGUGUUAUGCUUGGGUACUCCUCGUGUUCAUGAACUGGUGUGUUCAGAGAUGUCAACAGAAAUGGACAGCUUGUUACUGGAUAUAGACUAUAGAUUUCAUCAAUUCAAUGCCCCAUCACACUUCUGUUGGUUCAACUCAUUCAACAACUAUUUUUUUUCUCAAGAGGAGGGAGCACAUGUUUUAGCUGAAUUUCUACAGCGUGAUGGUGGUCAUGGAAUUGUGUUAGUAAUGGAUCCUCCCUUUGGAGGUCGAGUUGAGCCUCUUGCCAAGACUGUUCAAGAAAUUAUGCAGCUUCAUAGAAAACUCUGCCCUAACAUUCAUACAGAUAUGUUAGUCCUAUGGAUUUUUCCAUAUUUUAUGGAACCACAAGUCCUAGCCAGCUGUCCAGAUUUUACCAUGUUGGAUUAUAAAGUGGAUUAUGACAACCAUUCUUUAUUUGCCUCAGGUCCUAAAGGCCGCAAACAUGGAUCUCCUGUGAGAAUAUUUACAAAUGCAAAUCCAAAAGAUAUUCCACUUCCAAAUGAAGAAGGUUAUCGAUACUGUGAGAUCUGUCAGCGAUGGAUUAGUCAAGAAAAUCGCCACUGCACACAGUGCAAUGAAUGUUCAUCCAAGGAUGGUCGAACAUAUGUUCAUUGUAAUGAAUGCAUGAGGUGUGUGAAACCAUCUUGGAAGCAUUGUGUGACUUGUAACCGCUGUUGUCUGCCAAGUCAUGUGUGUGGAGAGUUUGUUCCAUCACAGUUGUGUUUUAAUUGUGGACAACCUGGACACAAAAAGAGAGAUUGCCCUAGAUUUGGCUUUGAUGCAGCUUUUCUUAUUAAAAAGCAGCCUGACUGCACUCUUCAGUUAAAUUCAAUGAAGAUGUGUAAGAAACGAAAACACACACAGAAUAAGAUUGAUGAAGAUGAAAAACAAAUAUUUACAAAUAUGUCAAGUAAGAAGCAGAAGCUGCAGAAUGUCAAUAGCAAAAAGUCAAGAAAAAAUAUUAAAAAAAGGAAGAAAAGUAAAUCAGGAGCGAACACAAGUAGGAGACCAACAUUACAGCUUUGAUUUAUACAUCUUUGAGUGUGGUGUUUCUAAAUGUCUUCCACUUGGCAGCACACUAUAAUACAUCAGUCAUGUAUUACUCAAAAGUAUGAUCUGGAGCUUUCACAGUGUCUAAGUGUAAUGAAUUCUUCUUGGGCUAUCAGCCCAGUCUGGUAGUUGGUGGUUUCUCCUUUCAACCAACUGACACAGCUGGUAGCUCAAGAAGAAUUCAUUAUAUUACUGUACAGUUUAUAUAUACACACAUGCAUAUGUAUGUUUAUAUGUAUGUAUGCAUGAAUGAUAAGAUGAGAAACUGUUGUUUCACAUUUUGGAAAUAUUAGUGAAACCUCUUGAAGUCCUAAGCCCACAUACCCAGGAAGAUAAUAUUAUGCUUGAGUUCUGUAUAAAGUAUGGAUGUUUCAUAUAUUGUUUGCCAUUAUGAUUCAUGAACUGUUUCAUGUUAUGGUUCCAGUAAAUAGAAAUGUUUAUGUAACUGAAGAAUAAAACAUAUUACUGGUA